GAAUAAAGAAGGUGAAGGAAAGCUCGGAGAGAUACUGCAGAGAGAAGCUGACAACUGCUGCAACAGGAAUAUUUAUAUUCAGAGAGAAAAACUAUUAUUUGCUCUAUUAUAAUACAAUUGUAUUUUUAGUUGUUGUACUUAUUGUAAUAUUGGCUACAUUUUGGUAGUUUUUGCACCUGUUGUGUAGUAAUAUUUUUAAAUCUAGUUCUAAGAUAGUUAUUAUUUAUGCAUUUAUAGUCAACCUGGUUGUUAGUUGCUGCAGUGGUUAUAGCAUAACUUAAGAAUUGAAGUACUGACUGCAGGUGUAAAGUAAAAGACACAGUCAAACAGGGUAUAAUAUUAGUAAUAAGAGUUUAGUAAGGGUCCAGCGAGAUGCAGGACUACGAGGAGUCAGUGUCGUUCCUGGGGACCUGGGGCCCGUUCCAGAAGAGGGUCUUCUUCCUGCUCUGUCUCACCACUGUCCCAGCUGGAUACAACCUGCUUGCCGUCAUGUUCCUGCUGGCUACGCCCUCCCACCACUGCUACAUCCCCGCUCACAGCAACCUGAGCCAGGACUGGAUCCAGGCCAGCAUCCCAGUACAGGUUAACGGACAGCAGGAGAGGAGCAGUUGUAGCCGGUACGAGCUGGACAUGGUGCAAAACCUGUCUGCACUGGGAAUCAGACCAAGUCUGGACAUGGUCCACAACCUGUCAAGUCCAGAGGUCCUUCUCUCCAGCCUGCAGCAGGAAGGCUGUAAGGAUGGAUGGAGCUACAGUACUGAGUACUACCAGUCUACUGUAGUCAGUGAGUUUAAUCUGGUGUGCAGCGACGAGUGGAAGCAGCCGCUUACCUCCCUCUUCUAUUACCUGGGAAGUCUGACCGGAUGCUUUUUCUCUGGACAGAUCUCUGACCGGUUUGGCAGGAAGCCUGUACUGUUUGGUACCAUCACCAUGCUGAGCGUCUUCAGCAGUGCUGCGGCCUUCGCUCCGUCAUGGCCCGUCUUUACCGUGCUCUUCUUCAUGCUGGGCAUGGGUCAAAUCACCAGCUACGUAGCUGCAUUUGUACUGGGUUCAGAGAUCCUGACCGGUUCCACCAGAGUUAUCUACUCUAGCCUGUGUUUGAAUUUUGUGUACGUGUUUGGCACGUUGCUGCUGCCCCUUUCUGCCUACCUGGUGAGGAGCUGGAAACACCUGUCACUAACCUUGGCUGUGCCAGGCCUGGCCUGUAUCCCCCUCUGGUGGAUGAUUCCAGAGUCUCCCCGCUGGUUGGUGUCUCAUGGCCGUUUUCAAGAAGCAGAACUCCUGAUGAGAUCAGCGGCUCAGGAGAACCGAGUGGAAGCUCCGCAAGUCAUUUUCUUCUCAGCCAAAUUUGAAAAAACAGAAAGUGAAAAGACAGAGUCCUCCAGCUUCCUGGACCUGCUGAGGACACCAAACAUUCGGUAUAUGACACUUAUCCUGUGGCUCGUCUGGUUUACUUCGAGUUUAAGCUAUUUCGGACUGUCAUUCAACAUGUCUGGUCUUAACGGUAACCCCUUCCUGAACUACUUCCUAGUGAUGAUUGUCGAGUUCCCAGGGUACGCUGCCAGCUGGCUGGCGGCACGCAGUCUUCCUCGCCGCAUGUCAUAUAUCAGCUUCAACCUGCUGGGGGCGCUGGCUCUGCUCCUCAUCCAGAUCACUUUGCACACUUAUCCUACUGUCACCCUGAUCCUGGUGCUGGUUGGUAAAUUUGGCCUUCUGGCGGGUGCUGGGGUGUUGUACAUGUACACCAGUGAGCUGUAUCCCACCAUCAUCCGGAACACAGCAAUGUCCUCCUGUGCCAUGUUCUCCAGAAUGGGGUCCUCUGUUUCCCCCUACCUGCUGCAUCUGGCUGUGUACUACCAGUUCCUGCCGUGGAUCGUUGUGGGUUCUCUGUCAGUGCUAGGUGUUCUGGUCUGCAUCUUCCUGCCAGAGACCUUCAGGCAGCCGCUGCCUGACACCAUCCAGCAGAUGCCGCUCACUCGGUUCAGGUGGCCUUGGGCCUCCACUCCUGCUUCAAAGGAUGAAGGAAAAUCAGCUAAAGACCAGACGACUGCACCUGAGAUCAUCUGCACAACUCGGCUAUAAGACUCUGGACGCACAAACAAGAAAAAUAAAAACCCCUGACAGCACUGAAAUGGCCCAGACCAUCAAAACUACAUUGCAUUUCAUGAAUUAGAUGAGAACACCUGGAGUGAUGGAUUCAAUGACACUUUAUGAAUAGUAACAACACGUUUAAUGUUACUUAGAAACUUAGUUAACUUGCUGUAGAUGUAGUUUACUGUUUAUUUGAAUGUUGAAUGAGUUCUGUACUGACUCCCAGUGUAAAGAUGUAAUUGGCUCCUGUAGCAGCAGCAGUACUCGUGAUAUGAGCAGUAGCAAUGUUACAUUUCAAGAUUCAGAUUGUUAAUAUCAACUUGAAUUUUUAAUUGUGUAUGAAGAAUGUAAUGUUUCUACCUGUAAAAUGAAGAAAAAUAUAGAUUUUUUACCGAUUUAUUGUGAUACGUGAAUGUAUAAAUACAAAUAAAAUACUUGAAAAGCUC